AUAAAUGCAACCCCCCUCCUCGGACCGGCCAAGCCACCCCGCUGACCUUUGCCCAAACGUCCCCUGGAGGCCGCUUCCUGGGGCGGUAUAAAAGCGUGAAGCCGGGGCUCUAGCUGCUUAGUAAAGCCCAGGAAGCAACGCAGCCAGCCCGCACCAUGAAGGCCCUGCUCCUCCUCGCGCUCCUCGGCCUGGCACUGCUCGCUGCCGUGGCACAGGCGGCCACCCCUGGGGAGGAGGAAACCAUCGUGAAGAAGGUGCAAGAUUAUGUCCACCAGGUGGCGCAGACGGCCAAGGACACCUUAACCAAGGUCCAGGAAUCCGAGGUGGCUCAGCAGGCCAGGGACUGGGUCAAUAUGCGUGCUGAGGACAUACACCAGUUUUGGGAUGUGCUAAAGGACAAGUUCUCUGCGCUCUGGGAGCUACAGCCACCGGGGCAGUGAGCCCCUCAUCAGCAGCUCUGGUUGGGUUCUCAGCUGAGUGAGUGCAGGUGCAGGAUGCGCAAUGCAAAUUGUAAACAAAUUGGCUCUGGGCAGAGCGCCCAGCAUCCGUCCAUCUAAGCGCUCUCCCACCUGCCUGCCUGUCUGUCCAGUAACUCAAUCUCCACUCAGCGUGGCGUGUUCAUAUGCUACUUCCACUGGGGCCCAGGAGUUUUGGUACCAGCUGGUGUGUUGGUUUGGAGGGGCAGGGUUUUUUUCCCCUUAUAAAACAUCAUAACUCAAAGUU